ACUGCGGUAACAUCGCGACGCUCCGUCCAGCUAGGUCCGCAGCAUUUGUUCUUGAUUGUUGUGGCCGCUGCUUUGACUCCCGUUGUUCUCAUUGUUGGUAGAUCACUAGUAAUAUACUCUGCAGCUCUGAGUUAUUCAAAUAGAUCGCACGUCAUCAAUCGAAACACUCAGUCGCUAUUCCAAAAGCCAAAUCUAUGAAUCACUCUGACUAGUGUGUUUUUAGAAAUUUCAGCAUAAUUGAUUGAAAUAAUCAACUGCUUUAUGGAGCGUCAUUAAAACGGCAUUUUCCUUCCAAUAGUCAACGAAGCUAAGAAGUUUGCAGAUUCGAUUACCGUUGCGUUCAUAUAUGUAAGUUCCACCAAGUGCAGGCUGAGCUUGCAUUUAGCAUCGGAACUUCUACCGCAACGCCAACCGCUCGCUACGUCCAGUAACUUGGUCAAAGAUUCCCCUAUACGUUCGUCUCCGGCCAGAUAUAGCACCGCAGAGGCCGUCGGUGGCAGCGGUGGCCUGAGAGUGGACGAGUUCUGUCAGAUCAGUUCUAGAUGCCCGCCGCCGCUAUGAAGAAAAGCUACGACCACGAGCCCCGCCCUAUGUUCGUGGAGUUAUGCGAGUUGAAGGAGUCGACCAUGGGGCUGGAGUGGCGGCAGACGGCUCGCUGGAUCAAGUACGAGGAGAGCGUAGAGGGCGUACAUAGCGACCGCUGGGGCAAGCCUCACGUCGCUUUCCUCAACUUCCACGCAAUCUUCUCCCUCAGAAAGGCACUUGAUAAAGGCGCGGUGAUCUUUGACAUGGAAGAGACAGAUCUUGCAGAGAUUGUAGACAGGAUUGUGCAACACAUGAUUGCGAGCGAGCAAAUUCCUGCUGACCAGAAGGAAGCCACCAUCUCCACCUUGCUGGUCAGAGUACGGCACGUCAACGAAACGAGCUUUGCAGUGUCGAGGAGGGAGUCUCGCACCGCUUUUGACGCAGACGGAAACCUGAUCACACUGUCGAGCGUCGUGGACUCAGGAACCCCCAACAGUUUCACCGGCCACCUAAGGUCCUCCAUCAGGAGGUCCAUCAAGAAAGCUCGCCCCGAACUAGCGGGGAGUCGGCGCCACAGUACCUUUGAGCACAGCCUGACGAAGGCACACACCGACGGAAAGUUCAGGAGCAGACUGCCCUCUUUGGCCAGGAAACACGACACUGUCGAGACAUUCAACCCUGAGACCGGUGAGGGUACCCUCAUCACGGAGACCUUGCAGAACACGGACCUCAUGAAGAAGCUGAAGGAAGGUACAGAAGCGACAGCGGUGCUCGUUGGGGCGGUCGACUUCCUCAAGAGUCCUUCCAUCGUCUUCGUCAGGCUUGCCGAGAGCGUCAUGACGGACAACCUUGUUGAGGUUCCAUUGCCUGUUCGCUUCAUAUUCGUCCUGCUGGGGCCGUUUCAUGGCGAGAUGGAUUAUUAUGAAGUGGGACGAUCGAUUUCUACGCUGAUGUCAGACCAGCAUUUCUGUGAGGUUGCAUAUCGCUCUCACUCUCGUAGCCAGUUGUUGUCGGCCAUUAACGAAUUCUUGAACGCAUCCCUCGUACUUCCCCCUGCCGAUUGGACCAACACGGAUCUCAUCCCACUGCACAAAAUACGGGAGAAGGCGCAAAUAAUGAUGAAACGGAAACUGACGCUUCGCAGGAAACGCCUAGCGGCUGAGCCUCAAGUGUCGUCUGAUCAGCCUGUGAAGCAUCAAACCGACGUGUGCGACACGGACAAGGAAAAAGUUGAUCCUCCACGAGACCCCAUGAAGCGCGUUGGCAAACCUUUCUACGGCGUCUACAUGGACAUCAAGUCGCGUCUACCCUUCUAUCUCAGCGACUUCAAAGAUGGACUAAGCCUUCAGGUCCUUGCCGCUUCAAUCUUUAUCCUCUUCGCCAGUCUUGCUCCAGCUAUCACUUUCGGAGGUUUAUAUGCUCUCAAGACGAACAAGAAGAUCGGCGUUGGUGAGACACUCAUCUCCACCUGCAUCGGUGGGGCCAUAAUCUCCUUAUUUGGCGGCCAGCCGCUGCUCAUCAUCGGGGCGACUGGCCCUCUCAUGGUCUUUGACAUGGCACUCUAUUCGUUGGCAGAUUCGAUUGGAGAAGAAUUCCUAGUGAUGCGGACGUGGAUCAGCAUUUGGCAGACGGUGUUCGUGAUCAUCAUCUCGGCUGUGGAGGGCGUGACGGUCGUUAAAUACAUCACACGCUUCGUCGAGGAGAUUUAUGCGACAUUAGUCUGCGUCAUCUUCAUCUAUGAAGCCAUGGAAAAACUCGUCUACAUCUUCAUUGCACAUCCGCUGCUCGCCGAAUAUUGUUUCGGUGAAAACGGCAUCAUGACGACCAUUUCUUCACUGAUCACCACGAUGAUGCCUGGCAUGAGCGAAGUCGUCGAGCUCGGCAACAUGACAGCAUCAGACCGGGAGGCGUACAUGUUCGCGUCCACCACCGAGGACGUGAUGCAAUCUGGAGCGUCUGACGAUACGGACAUGUUCACCAUGAACCCGAUGAACAUGACAGAAGAUUAUUUGAACAUGACCAAAGCCUCCACAGCCUCAUCUCGUCCUAAACUUCCACCACAACCCAACACUGCCCUUCUCUCCCUGUUACUCAUGUUCUGCACAUUCAUCAUCGCCACUAGGCUCAAGAAAUUCCGAAACUCGAAGUACCUCGGGCGUCCGAUUCGUCGGUCUCUGGGUGACUUCGGCGUGCCCAUUGCGAUCGUGUCCAUGGUGCUCGUGGACUACUUCAUCAAGUACACCUACACGGACAAGCUUACCAUGCCACCGGGAAUCCAGCCCAGUGACCCUUCCUUCCGAGGAUGGAUUAUUAACCCCUUCGGCGAGCAUAAACCCAUCCCCAUUUGGGUAAUUUUCAUGUGCGCUCCUGCCUCCCUGCUGAUCUUCACGCUCAUCUUCAUCGAAGCGAACAUCAGCCAACUGCUGAUUUCUAAACCCGAGCGCAACUUGAAGAAAGGGUAUAGUUUCCAUUGGGAUAUCGUCGUUGUGACCAUAUGCAACGUUAUUGCGGCGUUCCUUGGUGCUCCCUACAUGACUCCCGCUGUUGUACGCACCCUGUCUCACGCGGCAGCUCUCGCCGUCCUGGAUAGCAAUGUGCCUCCUGGCGAGUCUCCAAAGGUUGUGGGCUAUUUAGAACAACGAGUCAGCGGCGUACUAGUGGCUGUGCUGGUUGGGCUGUCAAUCUUCCUGUCGCCUCUCUUAAAUUUGAUUCCGAACUCUGUGCUGUUCGGUGUCUUCCUAUAUAUGGGAGCCGUAGGCGCCGUUGGCAUCCAGUUCCUGGAGCGCGUUAUUCAUUUCUUCAUUCCGGUCAAACAUCACUAUAAUGUGCCCUACGUUAAAGAGGUGCCCACUUGGAAAAUGCACCUAUACACGCUGGUGCAGAUCGCUGUGAUGGUGGUGCUGUGGGUCGUGAAGGGGUCAAAGGUUUCUAUCUGCUUUCCUUUUAUCCUUCUCUGCCUCAUUCCCAUCAGAUUCUUCGUCUUUCCCCGAAUUUUCUCUUCUAAAGAACUUCAAGCUCUGGACGGCGUUGCACCCCCACCAAGCGACGGCGACGAGCCUGACUUUUAUGAGGAGGCGCACAACAUUCGCUCCCCCAGCGUCUACGAAGACGAUGAGGGUGGCAAAGACCUGCUCUACAAAGAGAGCUGCAGGCUCUGAGAGCGCAAAAUUCCGCCUUCCGAGUAUUCUGCACACUCGUUGAGCUUACACGGUUGUCAGUUCGUCGUCAUCUUCUUGUUCUGUCAUCCGUCGAUUUUCAGUUACCUCACGGCUCCACACUCUACUAUUGAGCCGUAACACUGCAUCUAUAACGUGAAAAUUUAACUACUUUUCCCCGGGCAAAAAUCUCGAAACACCUUUUUAUCAACAACAACAAAAAAAUAAUAAUAAGAAUCCAAGAAUAUAUUGGAAAAUAUUUCUAUAUUAUUUUUUGAGGCUUAGUAAAUCAGUCCAGCGGAACCACGCCAUACUGUGGUCGUCGUCACUUACGGCCAAACUGCCUUACAAACGUCUUCACUUACGACCAAACUGCCUUACAAACGUCUUCACUUACGACCAAACUGCCUUACAAACGUCUUCACUUACGACCAAACUGCCUUACAUUAAACGUCUUCACUUACGAUCAAACUGCCAUACAAACGUCUUCACUUACGACCAAACUGCCUCACGAAGGUUUUCACUUACGACCAAAAUGCCUUACGGAGUGUCUCAUCAGAGAAAAAAAAUUGGUAUCUGCUGUACGAUCGUGCUUAGCUGUAUGACUCUGAGCUCUGGUAAAAUGCAGUGGAUCUACAAAAAAUGGGUCGGAUCUUUGACUUGGCCAAAGCCAAAAUGAAAAUUAUCGAAAGACGGAUGGUUGCUAACGUUGAGUUAACUGAGAAUUGGUUGUUUAUUUCCUACUUAAAUUAAUUUAUUUAAUUUAGUGAUGCAUUGAAGUUUGGACGCAGUUAUAUUUCUUUUAUUCAAGAAUUGUUUGAAUAAUCCAGCCCGCAGAAAAAUUGCUGGUAUUGACGUUACUAGAAGAAAUCAUAUUUCCCGCAACAAUCGUAGGGAUAUUUGUUACUCAGUGACUCAAUCAAUUACUCAAUCUUAAUUCACCCAUAUUGAUUCGGCGUCGUUCCUGUAGUCCAAGAUGAACCACAACGCAGGAACAAGAGUAAUUUUUUACUCAUUAUUUAUGACAAAAAAAUCAUAGUUCCGCUGCAAUUUAUCCCAAUCGCCUAAAUUCAUCCUAAUGUCCCUAGGCAUUCUUGAUCUCAAAGUUAAGUAUGCGAGUAGCUUACAUCCCUCAUAAGCUAUCUUGGUCGCACUAUAGGCAUUCUGUCGUCUUCAGUAGGUCUUCUGAUUAAAAAUGUUGCCUGACUAAUUUAGAGUCUUUCGUGCUGAUACACAUCAUUAUUCGAAGAAAUGUCUUCGAUUUAAUGAAUGGUUUUUGACAAACGGAUAAGCAAGUUAUUUCAUUUUAAUAUGACUAAGUACGUAUAUAUAUUUAAGAGAUUCAUUAAUCAUAUCCGCUAUGCGUUGCCUUGGGGAGUAGUCAGUUCGUAUGAGUUGUCUUCUUGAAAAGCAAAAUUCAGUAAUAAUAUAAUGAUUUGGGUGAGUAAAUUAAAAAUUAGCUUCCUAAUGAAAAUUAUCCCGCGAUUGUCCUGUUAUACAUAGCGUGCUUCUGUUUAUGUCUUGUACCUUUUGUUUUGAAUUAUUAUCCUUUAUUUGUUUCCUGUUCCCCAUCUCACUUGAAGCUCUAUGUCCCUUCAGCUAUCAUCAAACUAAUUACAGUAUUCAAUUUUCAUCUGAUUCGAUCCAUUCACUUGAAUCGCAUGUCUUUUUUGGUUUUAAAAACUCGCGCUUAUUCAUAAAGGAUCACUCUGCUAAGCUACACAAAUGAAAGCGUUCUCGAGUGGCAUAGGUUAACGCGAUGAAGACCUAAAUCCUGUUUACUGUGUUUUUUCCAAAUGCAUCUUCCCCCAAUUUUGCAUCUUUAGUUGCAUGUUUGCCGACGUAAUUCAUUCGGAUUGAACGUGUCCCGCGAGAAAUCUCUUGGAGACACACUUUUGAACUAUUUUAUUUGCUUAAUUUGAACUGGUCAACCAUUGUACCAACCUGAUUCAUAUGCUGCUAAUAAGUUGUAACAACGACUGCAUGUUGCCAAGUCUCAAUCUAUCGUACGCUAAGUAUCGCAAUAAACUUAAUGAAAUAAUUAGAUCGGCCGCCUUAUCAAUUUUCUUAAUCUCGGGACAUCAAUCUUUUAUUCUAGAUUAUAAUUUAGUUCUCGUCUUAGUUAUUGAUAUAUAAGAUAUUUUAGGUAUGGUUACGCAUAUAUGAGAGAAUUAAUGAAAAUAUAAUAUAAUUAAUAUAUAAUAAAAUUGAUGUAUUCUACUUCAAUCCAUGAAUUUCAGUUAUAGCUAUGUAUCAUUUCAAAUGUUAGGCUGUUCUACUAUUUACUUUCGUUCUUUCUGUUAUGCUGCGGUAAUUCACGUAAUGUAAUUCAUGCUUGAAAAAAAUAUUCUCCGAAUGGUG